CGAUAUAAUACGGCGUUUAGUCUAUGCCAAUAUGUCAGCCUCCAUGCUUUGUAAUUUCAGCUAAAUUUCAGCUCAGAUAUUUACAACUUUAUCAUGUCGACCAUGAAGAGAUAUCCGGUUCUUCCUGUUGUAAUUGAAGAAGACCAUCACGAUGUACUUCCUCACAUUUAUCGUUCUAUUGGCUCGAAACACCUGCCUGUAAAAGAUGUCACCCUAAUACACCUGGACUCACAUCCAGACAUGUUGAGCCCUUUAAACUUGCCAGCAGAUAGUGUUUAUGAUAAGCAGAAAGUAUUUGAGUCAUUGAGCAUCGAGAAUUGGAUAUUACCAGCAGUUUAUGCAGGACACAUCUCUCACGUUUUAUGGAUAAAGCCGCCAUGGUGCUCUCAGGUUGAGGAUAAACAACUGCAGUUCUUUGUUGGGAAAUGUCCAAAAACUGGAACAAUAAGGACAACUUGUACUGAGAGUUACUUCGUUAGCGAGACAUUGUAUGUACCAGAGAGUCAGCUUCUAAACAAACAACUACUAACCUUUUCUAUAUUCACACUGAAACCAACAGACUGGGUUGAUAAUGAAGAGGUUAAUGAGGUCAAAAAACACUCAAAUGAACAUAAACUAGAUACCCAAACGAGAACAACAAAAGCUCAAGAAUAUUGUGAUGGUGUACAUAGUGAUACUGGUACGGACAACAAACCGAGUGGGAUGAAAAGGCAAAAUAGUGAUGAAAACAUAAAUAACAGUGCUCAAUUUCCAGAACAUUUAGGCAAAGAUUUAGAUAAUAAAUCAAAACGGCAAAAAUGUGACAGCAGUGAAAAAAGUGAACAUGGUGCUGCAAAUGCAGAUAAAGGGAAGCAAUUCUGCUCACCUUCGACAAACAGCUUAUCAGAGUUAGCUUCCCUUUUAAAGGGACAGAACUAUGUGUUAGAUAUAGAUUUAGAUUUUUAUUCCACAAUGAAUCCAUUCAGAAAUAUGUAUGGAGACAAACAGUAUGAUAUUCUUCAGGAGCUGUAUAAAUUUGAAAAACCAGCUACUGAUUCACAAAAGGAUGUUGAAAAAUGUGUAUCAAACAGACAGAAACAAUUAGAUGACUUAAAGCAGGUGUUUUCUUUUCUAGAGAAAGAUGAAAAAGCAGAAAUCAAACAUUCCAGGGCUGAACUUAUACGGACAUUAAUUUCAGAUUUAAAGGCUACAGGUUCAAAGAUAGAUUACGAGCUGUUACACGAGGCAGGUUGCACAUGUGACGAUACAGAGUUACCUCAUCAUAUCAGCUCUAACUCUCAGAUUACCUCCCUUGUUGACAGCACUCAAGACAUGUUGUCUUAUCUCCCCAAACCAACUCUCAUAACAAUUGCAAGGUCCAGCUCGGAUGACUAUUGUCCACCUAAUCAAGUUGAUAUGAUACAAGACAGUGUUCUCACCAUGUUACAGGAACUUUAUUUAGAAAUCUCAGUCAAUAUGGCUUAUAAAGACACUGAUGAAGAUGAUGUGUGAUGAUAAGUUAAAUAGACAUUGGCCCCCUAGGACAUUUGCACCCUGCUGUAUAAGUGAAUCACUGGACAUUUACCUUGCCCACUCCCUGUCCUAAUGAAAAUGUAAAGGUGGAUAUUUGCAUUUACCUGCCCCACUCACAUAUUGGAAAUUUGCUUAAUGAAAAUUAAAAGCAUAUGUAUAAAUUAUACUGCAUUUAUUUCAAUAAUAGUGCAUUGAUUGUUCAACUUGCAUUUUUUUAUUAAAACAUAACCUAAAGACUGCAUUUGACAUUCAUUUAGAAAAUUUCCAAACUGGGUGGAAAGUAUCCACCUUUACUUUUCCACCAAGGCGAGUGGGUGGGUAAAUGUCAAAUGAUGCAGUUUAAUAUUGGGGGCAAAUAUCCCCGAGCUAUCGGGCUGUUAAAAAAAUAUAGGAACUGUAUUUCUAUUUUGUUAAAAAGUGUUACUUUUUUUAAUAAAAGUUUGAUGUGAAACUUA